GGGAAAGCGGUGGAAAAUUCCUAUUCUCUCAGGCUGGAUUCACUUGUUUUCACCAAUGGAUGGAGUUUAUUCCCAAGCGCACACAGUGACUUCUUGAAAACUUCACAGGCUAUGCUGUGUGUUCCUCCUGGAGUUUGCAAGAGGAUGGAGCAGCGUGGAAACGCAGGGGGGGAAGCGGAGAGCCCCAGCCGCCAGGACAGCGCCAGCCCAGAGGAGAUGGGGGAGAAAGGGGAAAGUCCCACUUCCAGCGGUGGUCUUCAGUGCAAGCUGAGCCGUAUGGAGGUCAAUGGCAGCCCAACAAACCCACGAACCCGACAGAACUGCACGCCGCUGAGACCACUUGGAGGUUUGAUGAUCCCAGUCUACUGUGUGGUGGAGCAUGCAGACAUGGGAAUGGCAGGCAACUGUGAGGGGCGCAGUGACCGCCACGCCGAGUUUGUGUUGGUUCGUAAAGAUGUCCUGUUCACACAGCUGGUAGAGACGGCACUGGUUGCUCUUGGAUACUCGCAUAACUCAGCUGUGCAGGCACGAGGGAUCAUUAAAGUGGGCCGGUGGAAGCCGAUGCCCAUCCACUACCUAACAGAUGCUCCGGAGGCCACGGUAGCGGACAUGCUGCUGGAUGUUUACCACAUGGUCACACUGCGGAUCCUACUGCACAGGUCAGCUUUGUGUAUUGCAGAUUCAAUCGUCAACAGUUCCUUCUAUGCCAACGUCUCCACCUCCAAGUGCCAGGAGUUUGGACGCUGGUACAAGAGAUACAAACGCAUCAAAGUGGAGCGGGAUUUGGACCUAAGCAUCCUCAGCCAUCGUCCUCCCCCUCUCUUGCCCUCUCCCACCCAUUUGGGCACCCUGGGUGGGUCCGGAGUUCUUUCCCUCAAGAGUGGCCUCGGGGACACUCAGACCUCAACCCAGCCUCACGGCCUGCCUCACCCUAGUGGACAGAAUCACCCCAGUCCUCCACUUCGUCCACAGGCUCCACCUCUCCUGGGCCACGGCGGGCUCCUGCCUCCCCAACUCCCCCCUCAACUUGUACGUCAACAGCUCGCGAUGGCCCACCUCAUCAACCAGCAGCUGGCUGUUAGCCGCCUGCUUGCCCACCAGCACCCACAGGGAGUCAACCAGCAGUUCCUCAACCAUCCUCCUAUCUCACGGAGCUGCAAGAUCUCCGGGGCUGUUUCUGAGCCCAGCCUCAACUCCGGAGCCGAAGUCUCCUCCGACAUUUACCAGCAGGUCAGGAAUGAGCUGAAGAGGGCCAGCGUUUCCCAGGCCGUGUUUGCCCGUGUGGCCUUUAACCGCACACAGGGCUUGCUGUCAGAAAUCCUCCGUAAGGAGGAGGAUCCUCGCUCUGCCUCUCAGUCUCUGCUGGUCAACCUGAAAGCCAUGCAAAACUUCCUUAACCUGCCCGAGAGCGAGCGAGACCGGAUCUACCAGGAGGAGAGGGAGAGGAGUACCAGCACUAACCACAACCACUCCACCAACCACAUCUCCAGUGCCAACACACACAGACACGCACAGACAAAAUGCAGCAUGCCCGGCCCGGAGCUGCAGAUAAAGCUGGACUCGCUGGUAAACAUCACAUCAGGGAUCUAUGAGGAGAUCCAGCAGGAGAUGAAGAGGGCGAAGGUCUCCCAGGCUCUGUUCGCUAAGGUGGCUGCUAAUAAAAGUCAGGGUUGGCUAUGUGAGCUGCUAAGAUGGAAAGAGAGCCCAAGCCCUGAGAACCGCACAUUGUGGGAGAACCUGUGCACCAUCAGGAGGUUCCUGGCGUUGUCACAAGUCGACCGAGAUCAGGUGUAUGAAGAAGAGUCGAGACAGCAGCACAGCGACAGGCUGCACACCGUCCUGCACAUCUCAGAGCCGCAGACCCUCCACAGGCAGCCCCUGCCACCGCUAAUGGCUCCAUCCCCAAUUCAUGAUGAACCCCAGCCCAUCCCCCCGCCAGCGCUGCAAAGCUCAGAAGAUGGGCCUCAGCGCGGGGUGAGCCCCGGCCUCGGAGGUGGAGGAACAAAGAAGGCCCGGUCACGGACAAGGAUUUCUCUGGAGGCCCUGGGAAUCCUUCAGAGCUUCAUUGGCGAUGUGGGACUGUACCCGGACCAGGAAGCGAUCCACACCCUGUCAGCCCAGCUAGACCUGCCCAAACACACAAUCAUCAAGUUCUUCCAGAACCAGCGCUACAACGUUAAGCACCACAGCCAGGCCAGAGAGCCUACCGCUGGGGAGGAUGACAGGGAGAGCUCCAGUCCCAGUGAGGGAGGCGUCUGCACAAUCGAGGGCAGAGGAGGGGAAGAGGCUCUCUCCCCGUCUGAGGAGUCAAGUGAGGACGGGAGAGGAUCAGUGGAGGUGUUCAGAACAGAAGGAGGGGAUGUGGGAGGAGAAGGUGAGGUGGAAAUGGAGGUUGAGAAGGAGGAAGGGGAUGAUGCAAAAGCUUCAGGGCCAGUAGCUUCCUCUCUGUCCCCUUACAGCAGCGCGGACAGCCCCCAGUCUGGAGAGCAACAGAGAUAACAGCAGCGACCACACACAGACAACCUGUGAAUAAACACAAUUUUGUCAUCACCUUUAAUAGAGCUGAUGAUCAGAGCUCUCUAAUAUCUGAGAAACCUGGGAAAAGUAUUUAUGGAUGGUUUGACUGAAAAGUGAGUCCACCUACCUUCAGAGCCAGUGUUUUUGUUUAUAAAACAGUGUUUGGGACAACGCUCAGUGCCACUGAGAGAAAAUGCAUUUCAGUUAUGCCAUGGUUUUUGUUUUGAGGUUGGGGAAAAGGCUCCAUAGGACAACACGUCUUUGAAAAUCAGAUUUAUUUAAUUCUUUGAGUCGUUUUCAACUUUUUGACAGGAUAAAAAAGAAAACACUCAAGCCUUCUACAUCUUAGACUGCAUUUAAAACACAGCCCUCUUACUAGCUCUCCAAGUACAUUUCCAACAGUUUUAGCAAAGAAUGUGCAUCUUCUUUGUCUGCUGUCGAUAAAAUGCAAUAAAUUUUGUAUUUGCUGUACUGUUUUGAUAAAAGGUGCAUAUAUGGUUUGUAUAAAGUGAUUGAGUGCAUGUUGCCCCUCUCAACCCCAUAAAUACAUAACUGCAGGGAUAGAGGCUUACAGCAGGUCAGAGGAGCAAACUCUUACAUGCCUUCAGGUUCAGGUUACAUGCACUUACAUAGGGACCAAGGAUAAACGGCACUGAACUGCAUUCGCCUUUUAGAAAUACAAGCAUGCAGGGAAAAAAUACUAUAACCUCUUAUUUUCUGAUUUUGUUUUUUCUUCUAGAUAUAAUUUUUUUGUGUUGUCCUUAAAAUUAUUUUGGAGAUCCCUGCAUUGACUUGUCUGUAUGUGAAACUCAAAAAAAGCCAGUUCACACUUUGCUCCUUUUACUAUUUAUUACCAGCUUUGUAUUUACUUAAAUCUAAGUAUUAUUGUUGUAAUUACAUUUUCUUUUCUUUGCAAUGACUACAGAUGUCUUUGUAAAUGGGACUAAAACAUGCCAAGAGGACCUUUGGACUGUUACACUCUCAACAUUCAACUUUUUCUUUGGCUGAAAAAGAAAAUAACUGUUUUUCUGUUUUUUCUUUUUUUUGGGACAUUUAUGUACGUUAUGAUGUAAAUGUUGGUGAUCCACCUGCAAAAGUGAAUCUGCCA